UGGUAGACGUUAUCACGGUAUCAGUCUUGUAUUCUCCGGGUCCACGGAGAUCAUUCUGCGCAGAUUCUGUGCAGAAUCUGAGCAAUUUAGCCAAUGGGUGCGUGCACGGAGAUCACACAGAAUAUCAUUGGGUAAACUGGUCACAUUCUGCGCAGAAUGCUCUCCGUGAAUGCAUGCGAAACACACGUGAUAAAAAAAAAAAAUACAGUGACUUGCCUUCUUGAUAAGGGAGGCUUGCGCUGCAGAUUGUACCAUUUGUGUCUCUUUAAAAACAAAUUUGCAGUUCUUUUUUUUUUUUUUUUUUUUUUGCUCAACGUUCGACAGUGCAUAAUUUAUAAACCAGAACCUGCAGAAGAUCUCAGUGUUGACCAUGGCAGCUGAAUCCAUCAUCAACUCCAGGCAGAAAGAGGCAUUGAUCAAUGGCAUCUCCACACAAGUUGUCUGCACAGCGUUCAGCAACCACAUCCUUGUGGUGCUCACACAGUAUGGAAAGAUAGGGACAAUAAUAUCUCUGCUGCCCGAUGCAACAUCUAGUGACAUCAGCAAACCCAUGUUUACCACGAAAGUGCUUCUAGGGAAAGAUGAAGCUCUGACACAUGUCUAUGCCAAAAACCUGGUGACUUUUGUAGCUCAAGCGGCAGGGAACAGACCUGUCCUGCUGGCACUGGCCCUCAAAGAGGUAAACAUUGAAGGCAUGAAAGCAAUGAAAGAGAUGAUCAAAAGCUGCCAAGUCUGGUAACAAGACGUCAAGUAGGAAGUGAGACCAAAGACUCUGGGGCCCCAGGAACCAAUUAGCCGGGAGACAGAAGUGAAGCUGUUGAUGUUGCUGACAACCCUAAAGUUAGGCACCUCUGAUGGAAUGUGCAAACAACUCUGUGUAAACUUGAAGGUGAAAUAUCGUAAAAGCAUGUAAUGCAAACUGCAAUUAAAUGUCAUGCAGCCCCUGGCGGGUAAUAAAACCCUUAUAAAGCAGUCGGCAUAUGUUGAGGUAUUAUGCAAGUGGGGAAACUAUGUUGUUUAACAAGACAUGAGGAAUAUUUGAGGUACCUAAGCUCAUCACACAACUGUAUUGCCACCAUUGUUUCAGCCGUGGGUCAGCAAUUUAAAUUAACUAAACAUAAACCUGUAGUGAGUACUCAAAACUUUUUAUUAGUUACAAAAACUUUUGUUCUCUGUGGGGUAAAUUGCCGUUUAAAAUCAGCCCUGUGUGGUGUGUUGAUUCAUUCCACUCUUGAACAUAAUAUGGGUGUCAUAAUAUUUGCAGCAUAAAUACUUCCUGUCAUUAAAAAAAAAAAAUAACAUAAAAAAUAGAAUUAUGUAUGAUUCAUUUGUGCACAAUAAAUACACUUUUGUAAACCUU